AUGUCCAAGCCCACAAUCACUCUUUAUGUAGAUAUCGUGAGUCCAUUCGCAUGGAUUGCUUUCCAUGUAUUGCAGAAUUCUCCAGUCUUUAAAGGGUGUGAAGUCACCUAUAUACCGAUCUUCCUAGGAGGGCUGAUGCAUGCGUGUGGAAACACUCCACCAGUUCAAGUCAAGAACAAGGACAAAUGGAUCAACGCCGAGCGUCUCCGAUGGGCGAAGUACUUCAACGUCCCCGUCUCUACAACCUCACCCCCAAACUUCCCUAUCAACACCCUUCCCGUUCAGCGCGCGCUCACCGCCAUCUCGCUCUCGCACCCACAGUCCCUCGGCAGUGCGCUCGCUCUCGUCUGGCAGAAUUUCUGGGUUCACUACAAUGAGCCCACAAAGCCCGAGAAUCUGUUCGCCAUUGUGCAGACAAUCUUGGGGUCUGAGGAGGAAGCGAAGAAGGUGCUCGAAGCCACUCGUGGGGAUGUGGUAAAGAAGACAUUGGCGGCCAACACGGAUAGAGCGUUCAAAGAGGGAGCUUUCGGAUUGCCGUGGUUCGUUGCAACGAAUAGCAAGGGCGAGACAGAGGGCUUUUGGGGCGUCGAUCAUAUCGGACAGAUGGUGGAUCAUUUGGGGUUGGAGAGACCAGAUGGCAAGGUUUGGAAAGCUUUGUUGUGAGUGU